AGUUUCAAAGUUUCGCGCCGCUGAUGUGUUUACUGUCGCAGACAGAUGAGAAUCGGAGUAAAAGCUGAUUGCGUGAAUGGUGGAACAACAUUGACGUCGUAAAAUUACUAACAAAAAUGUCAGUUACCGACUUCUUGAAAGGCCUACCCUCGUACAACGAGAACAACUUUACUAAAUACCACAAUGAUGGGGGCAUCAGGAACAAUGCUAAGAGGCCCUCGGUAUACCUUCCUACUGUAGACCACCCCUCGGAUCAAGUUAUUGUUACUGAGAAGACUAACAUUCUACUCCGAUACCUUCAUCAACAGUGGGAUAAAAAAAGUCAUCACAAAAAACGAGACCACUUGAAUCUGGAAGCUGUAGAUGAAGCUGGCUCGAGAAAAAGGCCAAGAUUGGACAACGGCAGCUCAGGCUCAUCUAGUGCGAAUCCAGCUGCUGGCCAUUCAAGCAACGACGCUCGGCAUUAAAGCUAAGAGUUCACAAUGGUGUCAGUUCCAGAACAUUGGGGGCCACAAUCGUUUGACUUGAUUUGAUAUUAUCUUGUUCACUCAAACACCUUCCGUGGAUGACGCCUCUCCUUUUAAUAAGCCUAUUCACUGUGGUCCUUGCAAACCCUGAUCAUAGCAGCUGAAAUUAUUGAUGCAAUCUCUUUCUCUCAAAUCAAUAGAGUUUUGCCUAUGUUAAAUAUUUGUGCCAAGAUUGUUGCAUUUUAUUUGCCUCAUUGUGUGCAUUUCGUUCAGAAAUUGCUAGAUUUCAUGGUUGAAAAUAAUCCUACUAUUCUCCAGCUUUUCAAUACUGCACAAACAUCAUCUCUGUCUUUCAUGAUACAUUUUUGAAGAAAAGUCUUGGAUUCUUUUUAUGACCCAUUUGAUAGUAUUAUCUCAUGAGGAUGGCUUAAACAGAUACUGAUGAUACUGUCAAAGAUUGAAAAUUAAGCCACAUUGUAUAUUAUAAUUAUGUGCUAAACUUAUUUCUUUGAUUGUUUGUAAUAAUAGAAGGUACAUACAUUUCAUUGUAACUUA